GGAGAUCCUCUCCAAUAUGUCUCCUUCAUGAGAGCUUUUGAACAAGGAGUGGAAGAAAAGGCUAGUAAGAGCGACUGUUUGUACUAUCUGGAACAGUUCACUAGGGGGCAACCAAGAGAGCUUGUUCGCAGCUGUUUGUAUAUGACGCCUGAGCUAGGUUAUGAUAAAGCAAAGCAGCUGGUACAGGAACACUUUGGCUGUAAGUACAAGAUUGCUGUGGCGUACAUUGAAAAGGCUUUAUCUUGGGCUUCAAUAAAGAAUGAAGAUGUUAAUGCUCUACAGGCUUACUCUCUCUUUCUGCGAGGCUGCUGCAAUGUUAUGGAGGAACUUCAAUAUAUGCAUGAGCUGGAUAUGCCAAGUAACAUAAGGGCAAUUGUCUUAAAGCUGCCAUUUAAACUUCGAGAGCAAUGGAGGACUGCUGCACAUGACCUACAGGAAACAACAGGAAACAGAGCCUUGGUCAAUGACCUGGUGAGAGUUAUAGAAAGACAUGUUCAAAUUCUGUCUGAUCCAUUGUAUGGCAAUAUUAGCGACUCACCAUCUGCAACAACUGGUCAAAGAGCUGUCAAUAGGUCACGAGUAUCUUCAAAACAAAGAACUAAAGGAAAAAGCUUUGCUACUACCCUUACACCUGUAAAAGUUGAGUGUACCACAGGAUCAAGGACCGUCGCACCUAGACAUAACUCUGCAUCUGCUUUAUUCUGUGUAUACUGUUCUCAGAGUCAUCUAUUAGAACAUUGUCAACAGUUCAAAUGCAAAAAACACAGAGAUAAGAUUAAUUUUCUGAAGGAGAAACACCUCUGCUUUGGUUGUUUGAGUACUUCACACAUGAGUCGUGACUGUGAGAAACGCCUAACUUGUAAAAUAUGCAGCCAAAGCCAUCCUACUGUACUUCAUAUUAACAAGAGCGACACAGCUAGCAUGCAUAAAGCGCAUGUUGCUAAGGUCACAGUAAGUACUUCUACUCAAGUUGACAAAGAUAUUACAUCACACUCAUUCGCUUCAACUGCUGAGACUUGUGGACAUACAGGGGCCGGAGCAGAUCAGUGUCUGUUAUCCAUUGUGCCAGUCCAAGUCAAGUCCAUCAAAUCUGAUCAGGUAAUACUGACAUAUGCAUUCUUUGAUCCUGGCAGCUGCGCCACCUUCUGUUUAGAACAGCUUAUGCAAAAGCUUCAUCUUACUGGGAAACGAACCCAGUUCCUCUUAUGCACUAUGGGGCAAGAAAGGGUGGUGCCAGCAUAUUCACUCACAGGACUGGAAGUGUCUGGUAUUAAUGGUAAUGUCUUCCAUGAACCUCCUCAAACCCUAACACAAAAGAAAAUGCCCGUAAACACUGAUAACAUUGUUACUGCUGAAACUCUGGUAAAAUGGCCAUACCUGGUAGGGUUAACACCUCCCAAGAUAGAAGCUAACGUAGACCUGUUGAUUGGAAGCAACGCACCAAGGUUGUUGGAACCUUGGGAGGUUAUUAAUAGCCAUGGGAAUGGCCCAUAUGCUAUAAGGACCGUGCUGGGAUGGGUCAUUAAUGGUCUUGUGCAUGGAGAAGACUCCUGUCUUAAUGCUGAAUGUAGGUCAGCUGUAGUAAACAGGAUUUCAGUAUGUAAAUUGGAGGAAAUGCUGAAUAACCAGUAUAAUCAUGACUUUAACGAAAGAGUCACAGAAGAGAAAGGGCUAUCAAGGGAAGACAAGAAGUUCAUGGAUAUUGUGGAAAGAUCUGUAACACUUAAAGACAACCAUUAUCAAAUUAAACUGCCUCUUAAGAAAGACGUGCAUCUGCCCAAUAACUUUGCUGUGGCAAAACAAAGGCUAACAAGUCUAAAACGAAAGUUUCUGCAGAAUGAACAUUUCUUCAAAGAGUACCGCAAUAAAGUCAACGACAUGUUACUCAAUGGUUAUGCAGAGAAAGUACCUACCCAGCAGUUAAGUGGCAGCAGUGGUAAAGUGUGGUACAUCCCUCACCACGGAAUAUAUCAUCCCAGGAAGAAAAGUCUGCGUGUGGUAUUUGACUGUUCUGCAUCAUUUAAAGGAUCAUCAUUGAAUAAACAGCUCCUGCAAGGUCCCAACUUUAAUAGCACACUGAUUGGAGUUCUCCUGAGGUUUCGGCAAGAACCUGUGGCAUUCAUGGGGGAUGUGCAAGCAAUGUACUAUCAAGUUAAGGUUCCAGAGGAGGAUAGAGACCUUCUGCGGUUCUUGUGGUGGCCUGAGGGAGAUCUCACGAAAGAUGCGUCAGAAUUCCGCAUGACUGUCCAUUUAUUUGGUGCGGUAUCAUCUCCAAGCUGUGCCAUCUUUUCUCUGAGGAAAACAGCUGAUGAUAAUCAGGCUGAAUUUCCAGCAGAAAUUCCACAAACUGUCAAAGAAAUCUUCUAUGUCGACGACUGCUUGAAGAGUGUGGAAUCUGAGAAGAAAGCUGUAACAAUGAUCAAACACCUGACCAUGCUCUGCCAAAAGGGAGGAUUUACCUUGACAAAGUGGCUAAGCAACAGUUGCUAUGUACUGCAAGCCAUGCCACAGGAAUAUAGAGCUAAGGGUGUGGAAGAACUUGACAUGGACCGAGAUGAACUUCCCAUGGAAAGAGCCCUUGGAUUACAGUGGUGUGUUCAGAAGGACACAUUUACAUUCAAAAUGGCACCUUGUCAACGGUCCUGUACUAGACGUGGAAUGCUAUCUGUCUCCAGUUCAGUGUAUGACCCACUUGGUUUCCUGGCACCAAUUCUACUACCUGCAAAGAUAAUGCUGCAAGAAUUGUGCAGAAGAAACUAUGGAUUGGAUGAAACGGUACCUCAAGAGCUACUACACCGCUGGACAAGAUGGAUAGAGGAGUUGGAAAUGCUGUCUAACUUUGAGAUUAAUAGAUGCAUCAAGCCCAAAGACUUUGGAACUGCCAUACAUGCUCAGCUUCAUCAUUUCUCAGAUGCUAGCGAACUAGGAUAUGGGGCAGUUACCUAUCUCAGGAUCCAAAAUAGCAAAAAUGUCAUCCACGUUGCAUUUGUGAUGGGCAAAGCCAGAGUUACACCUUUAAAGACUGUUACCAUUCCCCGUCUAGAGUUAACAGCUGCAGUUCUUGCCGUUCGUAUGGAUCUGAUGCUGAAAAAAGAGCUGCAAAUCCCACUGGCAGAAUCAAUAUUCUGGACAGACAGCACAUCAGUGCUUAAGUACAUAAAUAAUGAAGACAGACGUUUUCAUACGUUCGUGGCUAAUAGGGUCACCAUUAUAAGAGAAGCAACAACAACUUUACAGUGGCGGUACAUUCGUUCCAAGGAAAACCCAGCAGAUGAUGCAUCUAGAGGUCUGAGGGUUGGUAACUUCAUUGAACACAAUAGGUGGAUAGUAGGUCCAAGCUUCUUGUAUAAGUCAGAAGAGGAUUGGCCAGCUGAUAGAGCUGACAUGGUGAUCAAAAUUGAUGAUCCGGAAAUAAAAAGAGAAGUUUUAGUUAACGCAGUAAGUGUAACUGACUCCUCAGAUAGCACCACUCGUUUAAAUGUGCAUUUCUCAGAUUGGAAGAGAUUGAGGGUAGCCGUAGCUUGGUUUCUUAAGUAUAAGCGAAUGCUUCAGGAACGGUCUCACAAGAGGAAAGAGUCUAAGACUUCUUAUGUGGGUAUGCAGAGUGUUCCAGUGCAUGAAAGGUGCACUUUGUCCAUUGAAGACAUAAGUGAGGCAGAGCUUGCCAUUAUACACUUUUGUCAACAGCAACGAUUUAGUGAGGAAAUCGCUACCUUGUCAGCUGGAAAAGGAACUGUGAGUAAGCAAAGCCCUCUGUACAAACUGGAUCCACGUCUGGAUAACGGACUUCUAAGAGUCGGUGGGCGACUAGCUAGAGGUUCACUACCAGAGGAAGCUAAGCAUCCACUGAUUUUGUCCAAAGACCAACAUAUAGCUACUCUCCUCCUGCGAAAUAUUCAUGAACGGCUCGGACAUAGUGGUUGAAACCACAUACUGUCCACAUUACGAAGGAAAUAUUGGAUCACAGGUGCUAAUUCGGCAGUAAGAAAGAUAAUGUCUGACUGUUGACAAAGACAAAAUGGUCGAAUGAUGCUACAGAAGAUGGCAGACUUGCCCAUGGAGAGGAUUCUUCCGGACAAACCACCAUUCACCAACACUGGGGUUGACUACUUUGGUCCUAUAGAGGUGAAGAAAGGACGAGGCACUGCCAAGCGAUAUGGCGUGAUAUUCACUUGCCUGUCUAGUAGAGCAGUCCACCUUGAAAUAGCCAACUCGUUGAAUACAGACGCAUGCAUUAAUGCAAUACGUCGGUUUGUCUGUAGAAGAGGUCAAGUUGUUAAUUUACUGUCUGACAAUGGUACCAAUUUUAAAGGAGCAGAGAAGGAACUCCGAGAGGCACUCCUAACCUUGAACCAGACAAAUAUUGGAGGAAUGCUACAACAAAAGGGCAUCAAAUAAAGUUUCAAUCCUCCUUCAGCGUCGCACUAUGGUGGUGUUUGGGAGCGUAUGAUUCGCAUGGUGAGAAGAAUUCUUUCUUCAGUCCUUCAUCAACAAAAAUUGGACGAUGAUGGACUCCACACAGUAAUAUGCGAAGUUGAAGCCAUCUUAAACGACCGCCCCAUCACCAAGUUAUCUGACGAUCCAAAUGAUCUAGAACCCCUGACACCUAAUCAUAUCCUCCUCAUGAAAGGUAAGCCGUCUUUGCCACCAGGGCUGUUUGAACACCAUGAUCUGUACAUCAGAAAGCGAUGGAGGCAAGUUCAGUACAUAUCUGAUCUCUUUUGGAAAUGGUGGAUUCGUGAAUAACCGCCAUUAUUGCAAGAGAGGAAAUGGAACGAACAGAGAAAAAAUCUCAAACCAGGAGAUAUCGUGAUCAUUAUGGAUCCUACAGCACCACGAAGCUCAUGGCCUCUAGCAAGAAUGCUGGAAGCAUUUCAAGACAAGAAAAAGAUUGUGCGUUCAGUGCGGCUUCAGACCAAAAGUAGUAUAAUAGAACGGCCUGUGACUAAACUCUGCCUAUUGCAAGAAUCAGUUUAGCUUAUCUACUAUUAAAGUGUCUCCACUGGGUUAUUGUGUAUUUGAAGUAUUAUGUAUGUGCACCUAUUAUUGCCUGAUGUUCUUUUAUGGCUCCUUAAUAUUAUAUGGGAAUUGUUACAUUUGUAUUCAAUUAGGGGCCGGGAUGUAGGAGCCAUUUGGCAACUUUGCUCAUUGUUCCACUAGGUGGUGCUCUUUAACAGGCUUUAUAAGUGGGAACGAACAUUCAGGUAACAGGUGUUGCUAGACGGAAGGGAGCACAUACAGUUUUGACCACACAUUUUCAAACACACACACUUUCAAACGCACACACUUUCACACACAUACCCACAAACACAAACAAACGCUCACGCGCAUUCACACAGAGAGCCACACACAUUCAUUCAUGCUUUAGCAUGACGGUUUGUUUUGUUUGUAAGUCACGAUAUGUGGCAGUGUUUGACUUCUACGAACGGAAACUUACCUGGAAGGAAAUUUGUGAACUAUUGGAGUUUGCAACUGCAAUAAACGUAAACAUCUUCGGAAA